GUGAAGGCAUUGCGGCAUUUUCAAUCAAGUAUUGACAGUCUGAGUUUCUUUUACACUAUUGUUUCGCUUGACAACAACGUCAACGGACCUCCCGCCUACUCUUACUAGCUAGUAACAUUAGCCAAGGUGAACCCAUCAAGCCAAAACGAAGCGCAAAAAGCACACAAUUCUCAAAAGUUUAUCACCAAGCAACAACUUCUUUGACAGUUCCGUACGGCACUGUUGCCAGGUCUUGAUUUAUUUUCGUAUUCGCUUCCAGCAUUGCUCACCAUGACAACCGAUUCCCACUCUUACGAAUGGACCAAGAAGCGUCCGCUGGACCCAGAGAGCUCUGUUUCUCGCAGUAGAGACCCUCCUGGACGAAGCUUCCUCCCUCCACUCAAGAAACGUCAUUUGGACGUUCCGGUGAAGAAGCGCCAAGACGCAGAAUCCCCUUCACCAGCUCCACCCGUUGUUGCCAGCACUACGAGCGCUCUUGACAAGAACAAUGCUGCUGCUGCUCUGAUUGCCAAUCACCCCGCCAUUCAAGCCAUGCAGGCCCUCAAGAAUACGAGUAAGCAGCAGCAACCAGCCGUGUCCCUCUCUCCUCAAGACAUUGCGGCCCGGCUAAAGGCGUUUGAAGAAGCCCAACGUCGGUCCAAAGCCAGUCGCGAACUGCUGGCCAAGGCCACUCAAGAACUACAGAGAGCCAAGCAGGUCCAACAAGAACAACGACUCGUCAAACUCAUGGCCAUAAAAGCGGCACUGCUGGGUCCACCCAACAGCAGCAGCAGCAACAACAGCACUGCCAGCAGCCUCCAACAGGGUGCCGACGGUAAAACCAACCUAGCACGCUUGUCACUUGGUCUUGGAUCGUGUGGCAGUCGCAGUGGGUCCCUGGCUCUUGGCGGAACGGACGUCUUGGCUGCCAUGACUGGGGCGGCCUGGUAAAAAAGUGCCAUCUUUUUGUGUCGCCCUGAUGUCCUGUAUGUUGGUGUGUGUUUGGCAGUUGGAUGGAUGUUGGGUUCGUUCAUAUAAACGGAACAGGAAAGUGGCUGGUUUUCUUUCGUUCUCGCUUUGCCGGGGGGAAACGCAAAAGCAAGAAAAAAGAAAAACUGCAAGGACGAGUCACACCCAAGUAUUUCAUAGCAUCAUAAGUCGAAGAUUCAUAGUAGCUACUGUUUGUUUUU